AAGACACCAGACAUUGAAGCCUCACUGCUAUAUAAGAACGACUUUUUUAUUUCAAUCUUCAUUGCAUCGUAUUAAUCAGUCAUGGCGCGUUCACUGGUCUUGUUAGUGUUGUGUUUAAGUAUUGUGUCUUGUUAUGACGAAGUUGAGGACAUAUGUGGACCCAAUGAACAUCUCAAAGAUGGUAUAAGUUGUAAAUCGGACUGUUGCCCCGGUGAAGACUGCCCCGACCCUUGCGCCAGUGCCUGCACGUGUGACCUCCAGUACCACAGAGUGUCCAAUGGGACCUGUAUACCGACGAGAAAAUGUCCUCCCAUCGACUGCCCUAACAAUGAGCACUUCGACGUCUGUCCCGUGUGUAAUGAGGGUUGCGAUAACGCGGUCGCGUCUGGAAAGAGAUGUAGAUUCGUUGGACGAAUAGGUAUCACUGUGAUCUGUGAACCUGCGUGUCGCUGCGAUGAUGGCUAUUGGAGGAACAGCAAAAAACAAUGUGUCCCUUAUGAGGAGUGCCCGCAAGUUCAGGAAGAGUGCAACUAAAGUAAAGAAACGAUAAAAAUAAUUAAUUUUUCUAAUAACGACAUUAAAACAAUAACUUUUACGGCUCUUAAACUGUUGCAGUCAUCAUUAUUGUAUAUUAAGUUAAGUUUAAAUUAUAACUUAAAUAAACGUAAAUUUAAAUACAUUUUAAAGAAA